AUGGCCGCGGAUUUAGAUAUGGUGAACUUGUUGGUCCUUGCUGGUGCAACGUUGGCCAUUCCUAUUCUGUCUUUUGUGGCCUCUUUUAUCCUCUGGCCCUCAGCCCUCAUCAAAAUAUAUUACUGGUACUGGAGGAGGACCCUGGGUCUACAGGUGCGCUAUGCAGACUGUGGGGGGUACCGCUUCUGUUACUCUUACAGAGGGAAGCCAGGGUUCAGACCAUCCAUCCUCAUGCUACAUGGUUUCUCUGCUCACAAAGACACAUGGCUCACUAUGGUCAAGUAUCUACCCAAACACCUGCACAUACUGUGCGUGGAUAUGCCUGGCCAUGAGGGAACCACUCGUACCAACUCAGAGGACUACUCCAUCCAAGGCCAGGUCAAGAGGAUUCAUCAGUUUGUGGAGAACGUUCGACUGAACAGGAAGCCCUUCCAUCUGGUCGGGACCUCCAUGGGGGGCAAUGUGGCAGGGGUGUACGCAGCCAGCUUCCCCUCCGAAAUCUGUAGCAUCACCCUUAUCUGUCCAGCAGGUAUACGAUACCCCUGUGAGACAAAAUUUGACAAUCAUCUGCAGGACCUUGAGCACAGCCAUUACACUCUGAGCAUCCCACUGAUUCCGUCCACGCCAGAGGAGAUGGAGGAUAUGCUCAGGCUUUGCUCCCAUGUCCGCUUUAAGAUCCCUCGACAGAUUCUUCAAGGACUGGUGGAUGUUCGCCUUCCACACAAUGAUUUUUAUCAAGAAGUUUUCAUGGAGUUAUUGGGUGAGAACUCCAGAUACGCCCUACAGGAAAAUUUGCAGCUGAUCACUGCCCCUUUGCAAGUCAUUUGGGGUAAACAGGACCAGGUGGUGGAUGUCUCUGGAGCUGUGGUAGUGGCGGAGGCCUUGCCCGGUUGCAGGGUGGACCUGUUAGAGAACUGUGGCCACUCUGUGGUGAUGGAGAGGCCUCGCCGGACGGCCAAACUCAUCAUGGAGUUUAUUAUCUCCCUGGGUACCACCAGCGGAACCAUUAAGAAGCGCUCCUGA